CUGUGGUUGUCAAGCCCCUAAAUGUGAACAAAUUUAAAGAACUGUGAAAAUCUCCUGAUGUGCUGUUCAGUAAAUGUUCUUUAUUAAUCUGAUCAUCAGUUAGUUUGACUUCAAAAUUGGUUAAUUUCCAAGAAAUAAGAUAUGCUGAUGAAUCCUGCAAGAAGGGAGGAAGAUACUCUUGGAUCAUAAAAACUGUCAGCGCGCCCCAGAGAGAGAGAAAGAGCGAGAGAGAGGGAGAAAAAUAGAGAGAAACAGAGAGAGAGAGAGAGAUUUUCAGCGGCGGCUGAGCGCUUAAACCGCCCAGGAACAUUUAUCCAGCCAACUGUCUCAUCCGGGUCUUCUUCUUCCUCCUCUGGGUUUAGAGUUGACUUUCUUCUGCGCUUCUUGGAGCGGCAGCAGCAGCACAUGCCUGCCUGCGUAGCGGAGCCGCGGCUGUGAUUCAGAGCGCAGCUCCGACUCCAUCACCGGCUCACCGGGAGGAUGUCCGCCCCGCCGCUCAACAAGUCCCCGCUGUUUUUCCCCGUUAACCGUUGAUGGCGGCGGAAUGGAGAUAGCCUUGGUGAGUUUUGAGAACGGCGGCGCUAAGGGGAGCGGCGGCGGCGGAGGAGGAGGAGGAGGCGGCGGCAAUGCCGAAGAGAGCUGCCGGAACGCACUGGAGGUCCCUCAGCCGGGGUUUGUUCAAAGUGGACUGGGAGAGGAGUUCGGUAAGGAGCUGAACACCCGGGGGAGUCCCCAGCAGCAGCAGCAGCAGCAGCAGCAGCAGCAGCAGCAGCGCAGCCCCUGGAAGAUCAACGACAUGAACAACACUCUGAGCUGCAGCGAGAACGCCAUGGAUGCGCUUUUACGCGCGGACCACAGUCCACACCUGUUCGAUGAGGACAUGCUGGACAUGGACAUGGACACCGAGAGCAACGAGAGGGUCCUCAUCAACAUCGCCGGGCUUCGGUAUGAAACCCAGCUGGGCACCCUCAACCAGUUCCCGGACACUUUGCUGGGAGACCCGGCCAAGAGGAUCAAGUACUUCGACCCACUACGGAACGAGUACUUCUUCGACCGCAACAGACCCAGCUUCGACGGGAUCCUCUACUUCUACCAGUCCGGGGGGAAGAUCCGCAGACCCGUGAACGUCUCCAUCGAUGUGUUCGCGGAUGAGAUUCGGUUCUACCAGCUGGGAGAAGAGGCCAUGGAGCGGUUCCGAGAGGACGAAGGGUUCAUCAAGGAGGAGGAGAAGCCGCUGCCGCAGAACGAGUUCCAGAAGCAGGUCUGGCUCAUCUUCGAGUACCCGGAGAGCUCCAGCCCGGCGCGGGGCAUCGCCAUCGUGUCCGUGAUCGUUAUCACCAUCUCCAUCAUCACCUUCUGCCUAGAGACGCUUCCGGAGUUCCGGGACGAGCGGGAGCUGGCGGUCAGCAGCCGGCUGGACAACAGCACCGCGCCCCGGCCGUCCCUCACCUUCACCGACCCCUUCUUCAUCAUCGAGACCACCUGCGUCAUCUGGUUCACCUUCGAGCUGAUCGUGCGCUUCUUCGCCUGCCCGAGCAAGUCCGAGUUCUCCAAGACCAUCAUGAACAUCAUCGACAUCAUGUCCAUCAUGCCUUACUUUAUCACGGUGGGCACGGAGCUGGCGGAGCAGCAGGGCCAGGAGCACCAGAACGGCCAGCAGGCCAUGUCGCUGGCCAUCCUGAGGGUCAUCCGCCUGGUCCGGGUCUUCCGGAUCUUCAAGCUCUCGCGGCACUCUAAGGGCCUGCAGAUCCUGGGUCAAACCCUCAAGGCCAGUAUGCGGGAGCUGGGUCUGCUCAUCUUCUUCCUCUUCAUAGGGGUCAUCCUCUUCUCCAGCGCCGUGUACUUCGCGGAGGCCGACGAACCGGAGUCCCAUUUCUCCAGCAUUCCGGACGCCUUCUGGUGGGCCGUGGUCACCAUGACGACGGUGGGCUACGGCGACAUGCGGCCGGUGACGGUCGGGGGGAAGAUCGUGGGCUCCCUGUGCGCCAUCGCCGGCGUCCUGACAAUCGCGCUGCCGGUUCCGGUCAUCGUCUCCAAUUUCAACUACUUCUACCACCGGGAGACGGACCAGGACCAGUCCAGCCUGAAGGACGAACCCAGCGGGGGACCGGAGAGCCCAGAGGUGAAGCGCAAAGGCAGCAGGACGUCGGUAAAGUCUCAGGAUGUGGAGAAGAACGAGUCCGACGGCGCUUCGGUAGAGAAGGCGAACAUUAAAGCUAACAGCAGCAUGGACUUCAAGAAAUCCCUUUACGCGUUUUGUCUGGACACGCGGGAGACGGACCUGUAGCCCCGCAGGGUCCGGGCUCCUUCUGACCCAUGAACUCGGUUCUGACUAAAACUUUCCUCCCACAUCCAUCAGUGCAUGCAUGCAGCAGAGCGGCCCUUUAAACCUGCAGGAAACAUGAACUCUGCAGGCUGCAGGAUGAAUUAGUGGGAAAUGGGACAUCAGGCCUCAGCCGAGGAUAAUCAGGGACAAUCAGGACUCGGGAUAAUUACUGGACAUGGCGGAGGAUUAACCACACUCUGUGUACAUAAUGUAGGAAGAGAGAGGGGGAAAAUACUUUAUCACUUCCUACACUUAGUCAUGAUGUUUACAUCAAGCAGAUGUGUACAUAUUCCCCACAUCAAGCUGGAGAUUUUUGGAUUUGGUGUUAAUUUCUUCUCUUUUUUGGAAGGAUAAAAGUCUAUUUUUGAGAUGCAGACACUCAGGUUUUAUGGAAGAGCUGAAAUAUUUUUUUUCUAACAGAGUGGACCUCAGCCUUGUUGUUUGUGUCCGAUUCGUUUAAAUUAAAGAACUUUUUAACUUUUUAUUUGCGAGGGGGAAAAAUGGACAGAAAACAAAGAACAGGAGCCAAGAAGAGACGACAGAGCAGAAAGGAUGUGGAGAAAUCACCUCUGAAACCAGAGGGUCAAAGCCCUGCCCUCCGACCAUCAGGGGAGUCGAUCGGACCGCAGGAACAGAACCAUCUGCUGCGCUUCCAGUCAGCAUCAACAUUCCUGUUCUUGGAACUCUGUGCCUUCAACCAAAACUCAUCCUGCGUUUUUGGGUUUUUACUCUUCCCUUGGAGCAGCUUUUGGAUGAAUUAUUUUUUCUUCCUGAUGGAUGAAGGAGGGCCUGGGAAUCGAGCUGCUGUCUUUCUGUGGAAACGAAGAAAAAAAACCAAACACAUCCAGGAUUUUCAUCUUUGGAUCGUUUUAAUGUGUUUCUUUUUUCUACAAAUCGUGUCAGUGAUUUACUUCCUACUGGAGGAAAUCCCUCGCUGUGCAAUAUAAGUCAUAUUUCUGUGAAGUUGUCAUGUGGAUGUAGAAUCUGGACAAAUAUUUUGGUUUAUUUUUGUAAUAAUGUUUUCCUGAUUUCUAUUUUUCUAAAACAAUGUGAGACAGAUGAAGGGAAAAAAUAAGAACAUUUUGAAGGAGAACGGAUGCUUGGAUGUUGUUUUUCCUCUGAUAAUCCCCCUUCCAAAGCCAUAGCCUAUCUCAGAUAACAGAGACGAUGCAUUCAGGGUCACAGUCUGGGACGGACACAUCAGCUCGUCUCAACUGGAGGUACUUCUUAGGUGAUGUCUUCUGUAAGUUCAGGCGCGUAAAUCUGAAGUGUUUAGUAUUCUCUACCUUUGUGUGGCCUGUUCUUCUUGCUGUCCUUUCGUACCUACAUAUCAAUCAGGAAACGGGAAGUCAGAAAAAGGAACGAGUUCGUUCUCCAGAAAAGGAUGGAAAACACUCAGAGUUCUCAAACAGAGUCUAAAGUAAAUGACAAAAAGAUUCAAGCUGAGUUUACACUGCAUUUAUUUUAAUAUUUCUUUUUAGAAAUAUUUUAACCAAACUAACAAAAUAUUGCAAAACACCCGUAAAAACGUCUGCCUCCACAUGUUAUUACUUUCCUGGAACUUCCAUGUUGCUUUCAUAAAUCCUUAAUUCCUGGAAGAGGGUACUUUCCAAAAACUUGAAGGUAACUUUCUUGAAACCCUAGAGCUACAUUUCAGUAAUUAACAUGUUACCUUCUUAUUACCAUUCUUAAAUAACUUAAGCGUUUUUAAAUUAGAAGUUAGUUUUCUUCUACUGUGCUUUCUAGUAACAUUCAAUUGCAUUUCACCAAAAGCUACUAUCCUAAAACCUGGAGGUUCCUGUUCUGAAUUUGCACGUUACUUUUCAGUAACAUGUAAUUUCCUUUAAGGCAACAUGUAAAUUACAGGGAAAUACCAUGUAAACAGCAGGUAAAAACAAAUAAUCCUCAUUAAGUACAUUUUGAGAAGCUGGAACAUGCCCUUAAAGUUCUAGUAAGUUAAGAAAACGUCACAUGAAAUCCUGGCUGUUCCCUUUAAGAUACAGUCAAGUAAUCAACAUUCCCAUAAUAAAUAACCUAAAAAUACCAUUAAAUAGCCUGAAAGUAUCAGGAAAGUAAUAAGUACAUUUGUAAAAAGCACCAUUUAAGAUUCAAGGAAAUAAGCAGUGGUGGGCAUUUAGCUUAUUUGAAAUCGUUUAGCAAAUUUAGUUUCCUCUAAAUUCUAAAGAGCUAAUUUACUUGGUUGUUUUAGUGAACUUUCAUACGUCUUGAUGUUUUGGUUAUCGACUGUUAAGAAUUCUUCAAGUAGUUAGACGUUUAUAUUCAUGCUUUUAUUUUGAAGUGAGUGAAGACUGUUUACGUGACAGUUCCAUUUCCUCUCCUCAUGUUCUCCAUCUGUGAUGCGGUGCAGCAAAUGAGGUUUCUUCUGUACUCAGAAUGCACCAAAAACAGUUUAAAAUCUACUGAUGUCCUGCAUGUUUUCUGACCAAAGUCCUACCGUAAAGUUAGCAAAACCCAACAACUAUAAAACUGAAAACGAGUAAAAUAUCUGUUCCAAAGAAUCACUUCUAGAAGUAAAACCGAAUAAGUAAGUGUGCAAAAACAAAUUUGUCCCCACAGAGGGUGAUAUGUUGUGUCAACAUAUUAACAUGGUUGAAUUUAGUGCUAGCAUUAGCCUCUGCUAAAUACUAUGGUGGUAGUACUUCAGCAUUAGCAGAACUAAUGUUUAUGAUUAGUGCUUUAGGUUUAGUGCCAGAUGGUUGUAUGAACAAAAGUUCUUUUUUUCAUUUUCUGCUUCAGUAGUUAUGCUAGUAGUUUUCAUUUUGAUCAGAUGCAGAUUAACCUGCAAAGACAGAGAAGGCAUGAAAACAUCUGUGCGAACAGCCCACCACUAUGUGGGUCAUGUUUCUGCUCAUACUGGAACAAUACUCGUACAUUAUUCAGAUAAUCUGUAACACGUCUUCCACAGAGUGGAAAAAUGGAAGCUUUUUAAUCUCAUACAACAUGAUGGGGAAAAUGAGGUUUAAUUGGCAGCUAACAUUAUUUUAAAAAUCCAAGUAAUUUCUAUUAAAGGGCUCUGUUUGAGAAUUUCCUCCUGUUCUGUUGCUUGUCUUCUGUUUUCUGCACUUAUAAACUGUGCUCCAUGUCUCCUUGAUGCUGCUAUCCAUGUCCAGCGUAGAUUGAUGUUCAGCCUAAGUCCUGGCACAACAUCCUCUGUUAGCGCUCCUUAUAUGUUUUUACUGGAUUCAUUGAUUUGAUCAUGAAAUCAAAUCAAUGGAUCCAUGGUAAUUCUGGUUCAGUUUGUGCCUCCAGUGAAGCAAAUUCAGAGAUGUAUGUUUAUUUUUUGCAUAGUAUUUUCGGUUUACAAGCAAAGAUAUCCCUUUGGCACCAAGUGUACAUGGGCAUUAAAAAGUACAGUAAUUUAGUAAACUGCUGUAGGACCUUCUGAACAUCCAUAAACUCAGGGGCCAAUGUAAUAUUAUUCACAGUCAGGGCAUAAGUUAGAAAAGAAAGCCAAAUAUAUUCAAAACAUUCAACAUUUUAUGUGCUAUAAACAAACUUUCAUCAACA